GAUGUGACAAAUGAUUGUUUGCAUCAAUUGUCAAAUCUCGGUAUAAAUGUAAAAACAUGGGAUGUGAUUGUAAUUUAUAUUAUAAGUUUGAAGCUGGACGUAGAAUCUAGGAAGCAGUGGGAACUGCAAGUCAACCAAUCAUCAUCCGUGGAUUUUCCGUCUUGGUUACAAUUUCAAGAGUUUUUGGAGACUCGUUUCCGGGCUCUUGAAUUUAUUCAGCCUACUGGUAAGCCCAAGGUCUUGUAUAGUUACACAACAUCUCACCCCAAAGAAGUAAAUGACGUUACAAAGAUGUCAUGUCCACAUUGUGCCGAAACUCACAGAUUAUUCAACUGCAAGAAGUUCUGCAAGGAGGAAGUCGAACAGCGCCGUAAUAUUGCACAAUCUUUAGGUUUGUGUUUUAACUGUCUAGGAAAGAAUCACACAACCAAAGUUUGUAAAUCACUCACCACAUGCCGUUUCUGCCAGCGCAAACAUCACACCUUAUUACACCUCAGGAACUAUAGUAUACCAAGCACGGAUGCUGGUUCUAGCGAACCAACACCACAGCAGACCACUAACCUCGCAACUCAUCUUUUAAAGGGUAUCGCUCCGGGACGAGUCCUGUUAGCCACAGCUCUUAUAAGAGCCGAGUCAAAAGAUGGGUCCACUCAAGUACUACGAGCCUUGCUGGAUCAAGGAUCGCAGGCGUCAUUUAUAACUGAAGCAGCAGCGCAGUUACUUCGUCUAAAGAGGAUUGGUAGCAAAACCAAGAUAGCAGGUAUAGGAGGUAAUCAGAGCGGCGUUAGCGUUGUCUCCAAUUACACUGACGCUUGGAGAAAAUCAGCGCCGAGUCAGCCAGAAAUCGUAAUAACGCUGUUUAUCUUCCUCAUCAUGCUGUGGUUAGAGAAGAUAAGCUGGCUACUAAAGCAAGGGUGGCCUAUGAUACAUCGUUCAAGGGAACAAAUGUAGUUUCAUUGAAUGACACCUUAAUGGUAGGACGCACCCUCCAGGCAGACUUGCGGCAUAUUGACGACUCCAAGCAUCCAUAUCAUUCCGAAACGUAGGUCAAGAUCAUAGUCAAGAUGUAUACGAUGCGCAGUCACGACAAGAAAUCAGCCGAGAAGAGAAGAGAAUCGACAGAACUUGUUUGUAGAGUAACACCGAUAUACGAUAUACUUGCUACAAAGGAUGUAUUUGCCUAUUUGUAUGAACUUCUGUUCACAUUGUGGCAGUUUCAAAUUGAUCAACAGCAGGAUUUCUGUCUUGUUAACGUUUUGUCGCUCGACUGCUAAAGGAAUGGUAUAAGGGUUUCUACGUAGGCGCAACAGGGAGUAGUCACACAUUUCUUUCAGAGGCAUAUGUGGACAUCUAAAAUUCCUGAAUAAAAGCAAGGCGAUGUUGUGUUAUUAAAGAAGAUGACUUAUCUCCAGCCAAAUGGUUGUAUGGUCAAGUUGAACAAGUGCAUCCUGGAAAGGAUGGUAUCACGCGCGUCGUCACACUUCGGUGUAAAGACACCUUGAUGAAACGUCCAGCUUCAAAGCUAUGUUUACUCUCCAUUAUGUAAAUAUGUUUAGUUCGAAAACGCAGUUAAUGUUAUGUUAACCUUAUAGUUUUUGAUACAAGUAAAUUGUUUUGUAAAUGCAUUAUACUAUUAGUAAGUAAGUUUUGAAGCCAUUAGUUAUUUAUUACAAACCGUCGUAUCAUUAUUACUGUUCACUGAUCGUUUGAUAAAUUCUAUUAUACAUAUACAGUCCAUUGCUCUAUUUAAGUACUUUCGAUCAUAGUGGGCGGUAAUAAAAAGGAAUAAAUUCCUUUUAGUGGGCGGUAUGUUCAGGAUUCCCGGUAUAUGUUGUCUCGUAUGCGACUAGAUGGCGUUGCCGCGUUUAAAUGCAGGCUAUGGUUUCGUUACCAAAAAUAGUAUAAGUUGCAUUUUGACAUUAUAUUAAAGGUCUUGCUAUUUUGAAGAGUG